AUGAUUGAGGCCACUGGCUCCAAUGAAAUGGUAGCUCUGCAUGAAUUUAAUGAAUCGAAUGUAUCACAUUUCCUUUUUGAUGGUAUCGUCUCCCACGAAGGAAAAGGAUAUUACCUCGAGCAUGUGCCGUUCAAUCUGCUGUCUAUUGGAGGAUAUGAGGAUACACAAAGCGCCAGCGUGGAUGACAAUAUCUGGAUUCAAAGCCUUGAAAGUCGAAGAACGGACGUCUGGUAUAGAGUUCGAAGGCCAAAGCCGGAGUAUCAGCGGUAUCAUAACUGGUUCCUAUGGAUGGCGGAUCUGGCUAAGCAUGUCAUUGAUUACAUGUUCUCUGUAGGGGCUACUCACCUUUUGAAUUAUCAAAGCGACUUUGAUUCAUGGCUAGCGAAGACUUACCCUUUUGCUCCGUCCGUAAAGAACUGGAGGUCACAGUAUGGUGAUCGUGACUUCCGUCGAGUGAUUGCGAACCAAGCAGUUUUUCUGCACUGUCAGGCUUCACAGGUCAAUGAGACAUACCUCACACAGCCUCUCUGGCAAGAAAUCCAUCCAAAGCACCUAUCAGCAGUUCCAAAAAGGGUCGAAAGACGUCUUGAUGCCCAGCAAAUGAUCACUUCUGGAAAAGGGAUCCUGCAUCGCAAGACGACAGUGACUCCAUACGUAUACGAGUGCUUUAAAAGUCUACCAUGGGCAAGGUACUUGCACCUCCAAGAACCUUCCGGACUUAAUUUUGCGAAUGGUAGAAAGUUGCCGAACAUCAAGAGUGCAAUUAAAAGGCGCGGAUGCGAGAGCAAGACUUUUUCAAAUGCAGCUCAAGUUGGAGUCGGUGACGUUGUGGCGAUCCCGCCAGACCAAGAUAGUGUUUGGAAGACGAAAGCCCAAGAAUGGUACGCAUAUGUCCAAAGUAUCGAUACGACUCCAGAAGGCUUCAAGCUUGGCCUGCUGUGGCUCUAUGAACCUGGCGACACAGCUUGCAUGAAAAUGCGGUAUCCCUUUGCAAACGAACUCUUUCUAAGUGAUCAUUGCAAUUGUGGUGACGCCGCCUCGUUCACCACUGACAUUAUCAGACAGCCGCUCGUUGAUUUUUAUGGAUGCCCUGAGUCAAACAGGGGUGAUUUCUUUUGUCGUCAAAGAUAUGUUGCAGACGACGCCGAAUGGGUGACUCUCGAGGACGCACAUUUUCAGUGUGCUUGUAAGACCAGAAAUAAGCCUACCAGGCAAUUUCUGCCUGGGCAGACAAUCCUCUAUACCAAGCGCAAUCCAGGAAAGAAGUCGGUGCUGGAACCUGCUGUUAUCGCGAGUUAUGAUCCAUUUGAGAAAACUUACAGAGUAAGGCUGCUCUUACGGAGAAGGCGCGAUUUUGGUGUGCCUCUUGCGGCGCUCAACGAGCUUGUAUACACCAAUCGCUUUGACACAGUGCCUCUUCAAAGGGUCGACAGACCUUGUCACGUUCGAUUUUACCCUUGUGACAUACGUGACACCGGCGAUAUUGCUGCGCCAUACAACCGCCAAGGUCAAGGAGACCAUUACUUCAUUUGCUCGAUGGAAACGAAUGGCACGGUUCUGGAAAAUUUGCGUUUCCCCCGGUCUGAAGUAAUUCAAGGCUGGGAUCCUAUUCAAUGUCCUACGCAGAAACCUCUGAGGACUCUGGAUGUAUUCUGCGGAGGCGGCAAUUUCGGCCGUGGUAUCGAAGAAGCCGGCGUGGCUAAAUGUGAAUGGGCUGUCGAUCACUGCAGCGAAGCAAUUAACACCUACAAAGCCAAUAUGUUUGACCCCAAUACAAAGCUUUUCCAUGGCUCGGUAAAUCAGUAUCUAAGUGAAGCUUUAAGAGGCAACGAACACGAUGGCUUAGUCGCCCAAGUUGGGGAGGUGGAGUUCGUCAUCGCCGGUAGUCCUUGUCAGGGCUUUUCGCUGUUGAACCCUAUCAAGGGAAAUGAAGGAGGUCUUCUUAAUGAAUCAUUGGUUGCCUCAGUAGUCUCUUUCAUUGACUUCUACCGCCCGAAACACGCGUUGCUCGAGAACGUGAAGGGUAUGGCUUACGGCCCCGAAGACAAGAACGUUCUUGCGGCUGUUCUUUCUCCACAAGCUAGAACCCGAAUAUUCAUCUCUGUGACUGCACCUGGAACAAGCCCACUUCGAGAACCGUUGCAAACACAUGGCCACCCAGAAUCCGUGAUGGCCGGGAGCCUGGGACGAACCGCGAAUGGACUUAAGUUUGGGGCGCGUCUUCAUGUCCGGACACCCUUCAGCUACGUAUCAGCAGAGCAAGCGACAGCUGACUUGCCAUCAAUUGAUGCAGGCGUUGUUCCUAUUGCCUUCCCAGACCACCGCAUGUCCAGAACCAUGUCUGUGUUGAACAAGACGUGCAUAUCUUGUGUCCCAAGAUUUCCUGAAGGGCAAGGGUUCCUCGCUUCCUACAAGAAGGGCUGGAUACCACAGAUCAUCAUUGACAAUUUCUCAUGGACUAAUCAUAUCCGAACGAGCGAAUCUUCUAAAGCCUGGACCAGGUUAAGACGAAAGCGACUUUUUCCUACCAUUACAACAGCAAUUAGACCGGAGGAUGGAGUUGGUGGGACUUGUCUACAUUGGGAUGACCACCGAUUGCUCACAAUCCUUGAGGCGCGAAGGGGUCAGGGAGUCCCUGAUACGGAGGUCAUACUCGGCUCAAUUGCUGACCAAUUCAAAAUAGUAGGCAAUAGUGUUGCUCGUCCGGUGGCGCUGGCUUUAGGCUUAUCUCUCCGCGAGGCCUGGCUAAAGAAUGUAUCAGACGAGGCCAGCACAUUACAAAACCUUGCCAGUGUAGAAGAAUCAAUGACUUCCAAAUUGAACGCCACGAGUGAAUGGACAUUCGAUCGCACCGCGGGAGGUCAAUCAUCAACCCACGAGGUCUUCGAGAUCGUACCAAGAUUAGACUCGGCGUCCUCGACCAGCCAGUCGUCAAUCACGUCUGUGAUUGAGGCAACGACCCCAACGAGCUUAGGCAUGGACGACAAUCCUGAUCCUUUGUCAUACUGA